CAUUAUAAUAUUUAUUACAUCAUUUUUAAGAAUAAAUUCGUUAUUCUUGUCGCUUAACACUACUAUAUUGCUAUUCGCAAAGCACAACAUUUUGCGAUAGCAGUUUUACGUUUUGGAAUAAUGUCCUUUUUUGUGGGAAACAUCUGCUUUUCAUAAAUUGUUUUUCAGUAUUUAUUUUCCACGCCAAAUAUUCAUACAUAUGUGUUUUGUUAUAUCCACAAAUGCCUCGCAAAUGUUCAUAUAUUUCAGAGAAUUUUAUCUUCUUAAGCAGGGGGAAUCUUGUUUAUCCUACAUUCUUCGCCUGCGCUUCUUUAAUCGCAUAGAGUAAAGAUACAUAAGCUUGUGUUAAAGUAGCGUAUCAUCUCAACUAAAUGGUGCGUACGACUUAUCUUGCAAUUUACUGUUUUGUUUUUAGAUAUAGUCAAUAGCCGUAUGUAGAUACUGCCAAUUACAAUGAACAUUCUAUAUUUGAGUCAAACCAGCCGCGCUUAACUUUCGUGUAUCGAGUGUUUAUGGUGUAUGUAGGGUUCCUUAUUUUUAAGUAAACAAUUUUUUGAAAUUGAGAUAUGUACUGUUAAGCUAACUGUCAAAAGUUUUAAUCAACAUUUAUUAUAUCAUGAAAACCUCAUAGUGAACAGUUGAUGUACAAUUUGCGGUUGUUCGGUAUUCGUAAUACAUUUUCGCUACUGGGAAAUUAAAAACUAAUUAGUUAGAUGGAGAAACAGCUCAUUAGUGAUAUUAUUAUGUUUGAAAGGAAAUUGAUACUUGAAAAGCAUUACAAUUAACAUUAAAUAUACUCGACUGAUUAAAUGGUUAGUGACAUAGUUGCUACGCUGUAUGUUAAAAGAACAUUUUUAUAAACACCAAAAUAUUAUCAGGGUAUGAAGUAGCCCACAUAAAAUUUGAAGUAGUGUGGAUAUUAUAGUAAAGGAGGAAACAUGUUAAACAAAUUACCACAAGAAUUCAGGAGAUAUCAGCGCAAUAGAAACCAACUGCAGCAUAUUCUUCAAGAAACCCAACGAGCAUUAGAAGUUAUUAACCUUGAAAAUUUCUUUCCCGGAGAAAAUAUUGUAGAAGAAUUAUUACCUCCAUUAACAUUAGACAGAAUUACACAUAUUUUAAGAAAUUCUCCAGCUGUUGUAAUUCUAGGACAAGAUAGUAAGGCAAAAGCAGCGUUAGUUAAUAGUUUAACCUCCAGUGACAUUUUACCGUUAUGUAGUGGUUUAUGGCGAUGGAUCAGACUUAGUUACGGUACAACAAAUUACUUCAGUGUUACAUUAGGCCUGGAAUAUGAAGUAGUCGAUAGUUUCCAAACAAAUGAAAAACAAUGGAGCACCCUUCCAAUUGAGGACUUAACAAAAUCUGGUAAUGAAGACACAACUUAUCCGACAGUUCUUGAAGUUAAACUCGAUCAACCCAUAUUCAAAGAUGGUGUCCAAAUAUUUGUUGCUCCAAAUAAUGGGGCAAUAAAAAUUCUUGCCAAAGGACUAUUACCUGUUUUGCCAAUUUUUGUAUAUGCUCUUGGUGAACAACCAUUAACUGAACAAAAUUUGGAGGAAUUAAGGGAUUUAAAAGAAACAUAUCCAUUCAAUCCUGUACUUUUUAUACCGUCAUUAGGAAACAUAUCAUUGAGUAGCAUUGAUGCUGAAUUGACUGAAUCUGAACAACAUAGACUACAAAAUCGAUUAAAUUCCAAUGAUUCUGCAUUAAAUAAAAAUGAUGAUAAUGAUGAUAGCAUUGAUUUUGACAGAAUGAAUUCACUUGGUUUAACAUGGCUAGAUCAACUGACAAAUUUAAGUUUCUUAGGUAUGGAAGAAUCUGUUGAAGUUGAUCAACUAUCUUGGUUGAGUGGUGGACAAUACAUUACCUCCAGUGAACUAUUAGAUUCCUGUAAAAAAACAGAUCGAAUUUUAUACUUUAUUCGCGGAUGUUUACAAUCUUACCUAAUUAAUGCUAGCACUUAUUUAAAUGAAGUACAUACAACUAGUUUACGAAAAUUUAUAUUAAGUGCAUUUGAUAUGGCACGUAAAAUUCAAAUAACUCCAAAAAGAAUACAAUAUGCUCAACAGAAAGAAAAUGAGUUAUAUGCAAGUUUGAUGAAAGUAGUUAAUGAAAAGCAGGAGGAAUUAACAGAAAUAAUACAAAAUAUCAUCCAAGAGAUGAAAAACGAUGUAUUGCAAUCUAACAACGAUGUAUAUUCGUAUCAUAGUAUUACUUUUGAUAACACCGAAAGAACAGAAUGGUCUGCAACUGUUAGAGCUGCAACUUGUGAAGUUCAAAGAAUGGUACUCGGUCGUUUGGGAGAGAAAGUGGCGAAACAACUUGUAAAUUCUGUAAAUUGUUUGCGAGAUACGUUCGUCGGUACAUUGCAGCGUUGUCUAAUAAGUCUGGAGAAAUCGUACGAACGCGAUACUUGUCUAUUAGCAAGUGAUGCUCUAAAACAAAUACUUUCAGCCGCAUAUAACGUUGAGUUACAUAAUUCUUCUCCAUCUUUAAUGCAUUCCUUUUUAGAAAGAAUGAGGCAACUUUUUAAAUCACUGCCUUUGCCAUGGUCACCAACACCUACUUUAGAUAUAGUUUGGAAAAAAAAUGUUACUAUUGAUAUACUAAAUUCUUUAUCAGCAGCAAGACUGGCAAGGACAAUAUCAAUGCAGUUCAGAGAUAAACUAAAAUCGUCACAUGAUACAUUUCAAGCAGCUCUUAGAUCUUUAGAAAAUUAUUAUUCCGGGAAAUUAGAGAGAACAGAAGAACAAAGAAUAGCUAUCAGAAAGUAUCAUGCUCCUAGAUUGGCUAAAUUAGCAUUGGAAUCAACAUCAAUGACCGAUGUCGUUCGCUACGGUAUUCCUCAUUGUGGCAAAGAAAUUGGUCGUGGUCAGUAUGGAGUUGUGUUUGCUUGCGACGGUUGGGGCGAUGCACCAGGUCCAUGUGCAGUCAAAUCCGUGGUUCCGCCAGACGAAAAACAUUGGAAUGAUCUUGCUAUGGAAUUUUAUUACACCAGAUCCAUUCCAGAUCAUAAAAGAAUAGUCAAACUUCGAGGAUCGGUCAUAGAUCAAUCUUAUGGCGGAGGUUUUGGUUUCGGGUCCGCAGUUCUGUUAAUAUCAGAUCGUUUAAGUCGCGAUCUGUACUGUGGAAUACGAGCUGGUUUAUCGUGGUUGGAACGUAUACAAAUAGCAAUAGAUGUUCUAGAAGGAAUACGUUAUCUUCAUUCGCAAGGCCUCGUCCAUCGUGACAUAAAACUGAAGAAUGUUCUUCUUGAUACAGAGAAUAGAGCUAAGUUAACAGAUCUUGGAUUUUGUAUCACAGAAGCAAUGAUGUCAGGAAGCAUUGUGGGAACACCUGUUCACAUGGCACCAGAACUUCUGUCUGGCCACUAUGAUAGUAGCGUUGAUGUAUAUGCAUUUGGAAUUUUAUUUUGGUAUAUUUGCGCGGGACACGUGAGAUUACCGUACGCCUUUGAACAGUUUCAUAAUAAAGAACAAUUGUGGACCAGCGUAAAGAAAGGCAUCCGACCUGAGCGUCUGGCUAUUUUUGAUGAUGAGUGUUGGAAAUUAAUGGAACAAUGCUGGUCUGGAGAACCGUCUAAACGUCCUUUACUCGGAGCGAUAUUACCAGUCUUAGAAUCUAUACAACGAAAAGCAGAAAGAGGCAAGUCCUUACAACAGCUCUCCACGCUGAAACUACAAGAAAGCACGACAUCAGAUAUAAAAAAUCCUGUAUUAGCAUUAGCAGAACCUAAUAACCAAAGAGGCACUAUAAUCAGCCCACUUACUGCAAAACGUAGAAUAAUUAGACAUGUAAAACAUCCUGUUUUUCACAUGACUAAUUUAUUUCAAGCAAGUGUGUGUUCUAACCUAUAUGUUCAAAUGCGAGAAUUUUGAAAGAAAUUUAUGUUCUCUCUUUUGGCUUUGGAAUUUGAAAAUGAUCUGACUAUUUUUUACCAUAAUUUAACAUAUGCUUAUAAAACAAUUUAUCAUUCUUUACAAUGCAUAGUUAACAUUUUAAUGAAUGGUAUUUUAUGUUCAGUAUUAAUUUGACAAUCUUGCCUUUACUGUUACUGUCCGAAAUUGUUUUUAUUUUUUAAUCUGUUUAUUUAGUAACAAUCAACAAAAUUAUUAGACCAUGUAAAUAGAAUGUACAAUGAAACGACUAUAAUUACUGUGUAAAUUUCUUUUUAUAUUGAUAACAUAAAUGGUUGUGAUAUUUGAUAAUGUUUUACAUACAUAUGUGAUUAGCGAAAUAUGCUAGAAAUUUUAACAAAACAAUACCAAAUACCUCAUUGUGAAUAAAAAGGGUUGUUGAUAAGAAAAAAAAAACAACAAAAAAAAUAUUCAAAAUUGUAUAACCAAUGUUGAAGAAUAAAUAA